AUGUCCUCUUCCUCCACUGUAUUCACCAAAUCGGUUCUCAAAACAAAAAAGAAAAGCAAAAUAAAAUUACUCUUUCUGGUCUUAGGGAGAAUUAUCAAAAAUAAUCCGUUUUUAUUUUUUUUCUGUGCCUUACUAGCCGUAAUCACCGCCGUCGUCAAUUUUAAUAUUGGUGGUAACUUGAAGAAUUUGCUUCUUCACAAGGAAAAAACUCUCAGCGAGCAGGUGGUUAAAGAAGUAGAAAAGGAAGAAGGAGAAAGAAUUGAGAAAAAAAAGAUAAAAGAAAUAUUAAACGACAAAGCGGACGAAACCAACAAGAGACAAAAAGAAGUCAAAGAAAAAAUUGAAAAAGUAAUAAAAGGAAAUGGUUCUUUGGCAAAAAAAGAUGCCAAAAAAAUAAUUGAAGAUUCCAGCAUUGAAGGUCGCAAAGUUUAUGACCAAAAAGAUUUCGAAUUUGAAUUUAAUUUUUUUGGCUGGCGCUGA